CGAGAAAAAAGUUUUUCCUCAUACAUGAAUACGAACAAAAUACCUUGUCAGAGGGGGCUCCAAGACUGGAUUAUUUUAAGGGCGUCACCCAUGAAUAAGGAACACAAGCCAGCCUCCAGACGUCUCAAUCUGGCUGGACAGCCUGAGAGAAGAGGAGGAUCCGCAGUGGACGGAGUAUUAAAGAGAUGUGUAGCUCUUAUCAAGCUCACACCUCUAAUUCUGUGAUUUCCUCUUUUUUCUUUUUCAACAUUAAUGUCUAUAUCUCAAUUUUGGAGUACUUCGAUAACAACAGGUUCGUAAUUUAAACAAGAAAGAAGAAGAAAGAAACAGAGCCUUUUGGACUUUUGGGCACUUUUGUUUGAGGUUUUGAGCGGACGCAUUUUGGAUUUGGACCCAUACCACAGCCACACUUAAGACUUCUCCAACCCUCCCCUUCCCCAGUUUGUUAAUUCAUGUAAGCCAUGAGUUUGCCGUCUCAACAGAAACCGAACACAAAGAGAACCGGCAAGCGCAUCACGUUUUUUAACGACCAGGGUGUGGAGAUGAAGGAAGCUGCUCAGCACGCUGAGGGUCCCUACUACAGCAUUGGGGCUCCAUCAUCAGAAACUGGUGGAGUGGAGAGCUCUGACUCGGAAACUCCACAUAUGUACAUGAAUUCCGUUAUAUUCUCUCCAGAAAAAGGCGAUCAGAGCCGCGGGCACUUCCAGCAGACAAUGCCCAUGAAAUGGACGCACCAGGAGCAGCCCCAGCAGCCUCAGCAAAGGCCUGGCGGCUGGUCUCAGGGUAUCACCAUGACAACGUGGACCCAGAAUUUUCCGUAUGUGGGAUCUCAGACUACCUUUCCUAAGCAGAUUCAUGAAGGACUGUCUAUGCCGCAGCAACAGCCUUCCAGCGUUAGGGUGACAGAGAAACCACAGCAGGUGGCCAACACUGCAGGAGAGGCUUAUAGGGAUGCGGCUAAGAGCAGUCUUGGGCAAGACUGGGAGCAGCAGCAGCAGCAACAGCAGCAGGCUUUUCAGCAAAGCCAUAAACCAGGAAUGUUGAACCCUCAGCAGCAUGGACCAUCAACAACUGGGAACACCUCCGUGCUACAACCUUUCCAGUUAGCAUUUGGCCAACCCAAGCAGCACCUUGGUCCCGGGUACUACCAGGUGUUUCAGGGCAACAGAGCCUUGCCAAAUUUGAAUUACAGCGCUCAGACAAAUUCACAACAUCAGCUGCACCAAUUGCAGGAGCAACAACAACAAAUGCAGCAGCAGCAACUGCACAGGCAACAACUAAUGCUCCAACAACAGCAACUUCAUAUACAACAACAACAACAACAAAUCCUGCAGCAGCAACAGGCACAGCAAGUGCAACAGCAGAUAUUAUUACAGCAAAAACAACAGUCUCAACCAAUUCCACAGUCACAACAGACGCAACCCCAACAGCCACAGACACAGCAAAUGAGCCAGUCCCAGCAGCAUUCACAACAAAUGCAACAACAGAUUCAAAUACAACAGCAACAUCAGCAAGUACACCAAAUACAAGUAUUGCAACAACAGCAGAUGCAGCAACAGUUGACACAGCAGGUCCAACAACAGCAACAACAACAACACCAACAACAACAACAGCAGCAGCAGCAGCAGCAUCAAAUACAACAGCAGCAGAUACAGAAGCAGCAAAAAACUGAACAGCAGCAGCAACACCAACAUUUAGUAGAAUAUUACUCCAGCGCCCAACACACACAUGGCCCCUCACAACCUGAGCAACCUCAUCCUCAGAUACAAGGCCAGGAUACCCCAGAGCAGCCAUCCACAGAGAGUCAAGACACAGCCCCUCAGGACUCUGCCUCCGUUACCCAGCAACCUGCCGAGACACAACCACCCAUGCCCCGCCGAUCCCGUCGCCUCUCCAAAGAAGGCAGCGGCCCGCUUUCUGAUAACCCCUUUGUCAUGCCUUCUGACCAAGCUCAGGGUUCCCAGAACGGGGCUUCUGAAGGGGCAAGCGAGGGUGCUACCAUGCAGGAUGUCAAAGCAGCUCCAACAGGUGUCAUCCAGAGCACGAGGCGGAAAAGACGGGUCUCCCAAGAGGUCAACCUGGAGACACUAGCCCAGAAGGCCUCAGAGAUGGAGUCCUUACCCUCCCAUGUUGUUAAGGAGCCUCACAGGCCCUGGAGUCCCCACGGUGCAGCGUCUGGUCCAGGUCGGGGUGCAGGAGACUUAGAGGGUGUGAGUGCCAAACGUUCUCGUGAUGACAACCUCAUGCCACUGGUCAUCCCAGUGUCGGUGCCUGUGCGUCAGACCGACCCACCCUCCCCUGACCAUGAGGGGACACUGGCGUCCAGCUGGCCCCCACGCCACUCCGGCUACCAGGACCUGAGCCGCCCCGAUCACAAACCCUCAGUCAUAGUCACGCGUCGACGCUCCCUCAGAAACUCCCUGUCCGAGAGUUCAAGCCAGAACGGCGGAGCAGAGAGCGGAAAUGACCCUGAGAGCAAAGCGGCAAAGUCCAAGAGACGGCCGCGGCCUGAACCACUCUUCAUCCCACCUCCCAAACUGGGCACUUUUAUUGCCCCUUCGGUCUACUCCACCAUCACACCUUACCAGAGCCACCUGCGUUCACCAGUAAGGAUAGUGGACAAUCCACUCAACAUGCCCCCCUACACGCCUCCACCCAUCCUCAGCCCUGUCCGUGAGGGCUCUGGCCUCUAUUUCUCCACCUUCCUCUCCUCUGCAGCUGCUGCUGUAGCCGCUGCAGGUAACCAGGUCCUGCCUCCGCCAGCUACACCUAAAUCCGCCACCCGCAGUCUCCUCCGAUCCAACAGCAGUGACAUCACGCCCCCUGUUCUCCCGCCAAUGAACGAGGCCACACCUGUCAGCAUUGAACCGCGAAUAAACAUUGGGUUGCGGUACCAGGCAGAGGUGCCAGAGCUGAGGGACCGUGCGGCUGCCCAGCAGGAUCCACACAAGGCUGAGCUGGUGUGGGCACCGCUUCCUGAGCUUCAGGACAAACCAGAGUUUCUAGAGAGAAUGGAUGACCUCAUGCACCUGGCCUGCUCUAGUGCUGUGUGUGGAGGAGGGACCAAUCAGGAGCUGGCCAUGCAUUGCCUUUAUGAGUGCAAGGGUGACAUCAUGGGAGCCCUUUCCCUCCUGCUGUUAAAGGACAGAAUAUUCCCCAAAACACACCCGCUGGGGGACUACCACUACUCAGGCUCAGACAGCUGGUCAACCGCAGAGAAACGUUACUUCAAUAAAGGCAUUGCUGCUUAUAAGAAGGACUUUUUCAUGGUGCAGAAACUGGUAAUCUCAAAGACUGUGGCCCAGUGUGUGGAGUUCUACUACACCUAUAAGAAGCAGGUUAAGAUUGGUCGGAACGGAACUCUCAUUUACGGAGACUCUGAGCCUCCAGAGGCUAAGGUUACAGAAGAGGAGGUGGACUAUAAGCAGAGCUCUCAGCGGUUUGAAUCACGAAAGGAGGACAACGAGAACAGGAAAUGGGAGGGUUCGUGUGAUAGGAAGCGGGACAGCAGCCCUGGCAGGGUGACUCAAUCUCUGCAUGCCACUGAGAAUGAGGGGGCUGUCCUGGUUCUGAGGAACCAAGAUGAUGUGAAAAGGGAGCAGUCAGCACUUGGAGUCAAUCAUGUUCCUCUACCUCCACCUAAACCACGGACAGACAGCGGGGCACGGAAGGGCGGGGCCACCAGUGGGAGCAAAGCCCCAGCCGGACAGGAGGGAGAGUUCCCCUGCAAGAAAUGUGGCAGGGUGUUUUAUAAGGUAAAGAGUCGCAGCGCUCACAUGAAGAGUCAUGCUGAGCAGGAGAAGAAGGCGGCCGCUCUGAGGCAGAGAGAGGCGGAGGAGAGGGCGGCGGCAGCCGCCGCAGCUCUCCUAGCAGCCAGUCAGAAUGGAGCGAGGCAGGACAGAGACAAGGCUCGGCCAACCACCAGCGAAGACUCCUCAGAGGAGGAAGAGGAAGACGCAGAUGAUGAAGACUGGCAGUAACAAGGCUUCUUUCUCUCUGAGGGGGUUGGCAUGGUGAGAGAGUUGGCCUCUGAGGCCGAGGUACUGUCCCUGUUGCCACGAUGACCUUAUCCUCGUGAUUACUGGGAGAAAACGCCCAGUGACACUUUGUAAAAAAUUUACUCUCUCCUACAGGAUGUAUACUAAAUGAUCACCUUCAGGGACCGGCUUUCUCCCACCUGUGUGUGUGUGUGUGUGUGUGUGUGU